AUCCAUCUAUGUCACCAUAGCAAAGUGGCAGCAAGGCAUUGUUUGAAAGAGAAAGGAAAUGAAGAAAAAAAAUUAUAUUUGUGUACAAGGGGCUUGUAAAUUUCUUCCAAAAAGAGCCUCAAAAAAUAGAUUUUCCAUUGACAUUGACCAGCCGAUGGCAGUCUCCGUCUCCAAUUAAUUUAGCUGCACUGCUCCCUUGCACAAUUACCUCUACUUCUACCAUUUUGUACUUUUCAACUCACUCCUCUCAUCUUUGCCAGAAACAGACUAUGGCUGAAUUGAUCCUCAGUUUAGUGGUGGACGCAACUCUGUCCAGGGUGGCUUCGCUCAUGACUGAUGAAAUCAUCACUGCUUGGAAUCUAAAGGACGACUUGAAAGGCCUUCAAGAAUCCCUCACCAUGAUUCGUGCUGUGCUUGAAGAUGCAGAGGAACAACAAACCAAGAAAGCAUCUGUGAGGCUUUGGCUGAAGAAGCUCAAAGAUGUAGCUUAUGAUGCUGAAGACGUGCUCGAUGAAUUAGCGUACGAGGAUCUUCGACGAAAGGUUGAGAUGCAAGACCAACUAGAAAGGGAGGUACGCAACUUUUUUUCAUUCUCCAGAGGCGCUCGUUAUGUCAAAAAGACUGCAUGGCAUGUCAAAAUGGUCCACAAAGUUAGGAAAAUAAAUGAGUCGUUGAAUAAGAUUAGGAAUGAAGCUAUGGGUUUUGGACUUCAAGUCCUAUCUAGAGAUAGAAUAAUGCCUCGAAUCAAUUUGGAUCGGUUGACAGACUCAGUCCUUGACAACCCAGUUGUUGGAAGGGAAGCUGAUGCCUGUAAAAUUGUGAACUUGCUGAGUUGUUCCUGUGACCGACAAAUUCUUACCAUUGUACCAAUAGUAGGCAUGGGCGGCCUCGGAAAAACAACUUUAGCUAAACUGGUGUGUCAAGAAGUGACAAAAAAAAGGCUUUUUGAUCUUAAAAUAUGGGUCUGUGUCUCUGAUCACUUUGAUUAUGCAAGAAUUUUAGGGGAAAUGCUGCAAACUCUCAAUGGAAAUAUGGGUGGGGUGACCAACAUUGAUGCAAUACUUGAACAUCUUACAAAGGCGUUGGAGGGCAAAAAGUUUAUCCUUGUUCUUGAUGAUGUGUGGAAUGAGGUAUCAAAGAGGUGGAAUGAUUUAAUGACUCGUUUGGUAAGAAUUAGUAGAAACAACGGAAAUGCUAUUGUUGUCACAACUCGUAGCCAGGAAGUAGCAUCAAUAGUGGAGACUUCUACUCAUUAUAGGCAUAAACUGGAUUUGUUGUCUGAUGAUGGAUGUUGGUCUAUUAUGAAGGAAAGGGCACUUGGACGUGGAGCAACUUCAAUUCCCUCAGACUUGGAGGGAAUUGGAAAGGAGAUUGCCAAAAAAUGUAGAGGAGUGCCACUAGUUGCAAAAGUUUUAGGUGGGACGAUGGGUUUGAAAAGGGAUAAGAAAGCAUGGUUGUCAAUUAAAGAUAAUAAUGUUUUGAAUGCAACUGAUAACGAGGAUAACGUUGAGUCUAUACUAAAACUAAGUUUUGAUCACUUGCCUUCAGACCUGAAAUCAUGUUUUGCAUACUGUUCAAUUUUCCCAAAAGAUUUUACGAUUGAAAAAGAACAAUUAAUUCAGCUUUGGAUGGCUGAAGGUCUUCUUGGGUCAUCUAAUGAAGAUGAGGGCAACAUGUAUUUUAAUGCCUUACUUCAGAACUCCUUUUUGCAAGAUGUGGAAAUGGAUGAUUUUAGGAAUAUUAUAUGGUGCAAGAUGCAUGACCUUGUGCAUGAUCUUGCAUUGUCUCUUUCAAAGUCUGAAACAUUGACUUUAGAAAAUUGUUCGGUCGGCAAUGAUGACAUAAUUCGUCGUUCAUACGUAACUAGGCAAAAUGUAAAAAGUUUAAUGGCAGCUUCAAAAGAUAGUGUUAAGAAGUUGCGUAGUUUAUUCAUAAAGGAUGAUCUCCUUGAUGAGUCAUGGAAGUUGAAAAGCUUGCGGGCCCUGGACUUGGAUGAUGACGAUAUUGUAGAGUUGCCGUCUUCAAUUGGCAAGUUGAAACAUUUGAGAUAUCUUAACAUAUCAGGGACUAAAAUCAAAGUGUUGCCUGAAUCCAUAACCAAGCUCUACAAUUUGCAAACAUUGAAAUUCCUUUACUGUGAUUCACUUAAGGAGAUUCCUAGAAAUAAAAUAUGCAAUCUGAUCAGCUUGAGUCACAUUGAAUUUUCUUAUGAUCGUCAUAUGCCAUCUAUGGUGGGGCGUUUAACAUGUCUCGAAACACUCUCAUUAUUUGUUGUGGGUGAAGAUAGGGGAGGUAGCAUUGAAGAACUAGAAUACUUAAACCAACUAAGCGGGGAGUUGGAAAUAAAUCAUCUUGAGGAGGUGAGAGACAAAGAAGCAGCUAGGAAGUCAAAUCUGCAUGGGAAAACGAAAUUAAAAGCCCUGCGAUUUAAAUGGAGUCCUACAAGAGAAAGUGGCCGCAAUGAUGAAGAAGUGUUGGAAUGUCUUGAGCCUCACCCAAACAUAGAGAGAAUAAUGAUAAACGAUUAUUUGGGUGAAAAGUUCCCGCCAUGGCUGUAUAUGAUGAAAAUUUCUAGUGAAGGUGAUUCUUUCACUGUAUUCAAUAAUUUGGUGGAACUUAAAUUGAUGAACUGUAAGUGGUGUGAAGAACUCCCAAGACUUGGACAUCUUCCUCGUCUUAAACAACUUUAUAUAGAAGGAGUGGAUAAGGUGAGAAGAAUAGAGAGUGAAUUCUAUGGUGUUGACAGUGGAAGCACAAGCAAUGGAGGGAGAUCAUUUCCGGCAUUAAAGCGAUUGCAUUUUCUUUUUAUGGAGAGUUUAGUAGAAUGGAAGGCACCCCCAGUGGAUGAAGGAGACGAAUCAUCUGUAUUUCCAUGCCUUGAAGAAUUGACCAGAGUUUAUUGUCCUCAGUUGACAAAAAUCCCAUUAAGCAAUCUUUCAUCGCUUCAAAUUCUGAGAAUAGAAUCUUGUUACGAAUUAUUAUUUGAUGAAGUACACUCCUUCCUGUCUCUUAAAAGCAUUGCAAUAGAAGAGUGUAAAAAAUUAACUUGUCUUCCAAGUGGGCUGAAAUCCUCUGCUUCUCUGGAAUCAUUGAAAAUAUCUGGAUGUGAAGGGCUGGCAUCUGUUUCCCAAUAUUUAGGCGAAUUGUUUUCUCUUAAUGAAUUGCAAAUAACAUUUUGUCCGAGUCUGAGUUUAUUUCCAGAGACCAUAUUAGGUGGGCUCACCCGAUUGAGGAGUUUAACAAUUGGUAAAUUCUCGGAGGAGUCGGAUUCUUUCUCUUAUCUAAAUUCAAUCCAAGACCUUCCAUCCCUUGAAUCCUUAACUAUAUAUGGGGAUUGUAGAGGUACAAUCAAGUCUCUACCAGAUCAACUUCAAAGCCUCACUGCCCUAAACUCAUUGUCUAUAUCGUAUUUCAAUGGAGUAGAAGUUUUGCCGGAGUGGUUAGGCAACCUUUCGUCUCUUCAAUCCCUUGUAAUUUGGUAUUGUAAGAAUUUGAAGUAUCUACCUACAGCCACAGCCAUGCAACGCCUCUCCAAAUUAAGGAAUCUCUCUAUUUUCUAUUGUAACCUUCUUGGGGCAAAUUGCGCCAAGGGUAGUGGCUCUGAGUGGUCAAAGAUUUCUCAUAUCGCAAACCUACACAUAAGUUAUUUAUGAGUAGAUGGGGUUUGCAAUCUAAACAGGGUCGCUUGCUUUCGAUUUACCAAAGGUUAAAAGGAAAGUUCAGAUUGAUUACUUUCUUUCUUGUUAAUGCUACUCGCCCAAAAUUGAGUUAAAUAGAGUUAAAUAGUCAGCGCUUGGAAAUUUGUAUCCAAUGUCACAAAACCACUCACUCAAGGUCAAGUUUGGAAAAUUGUAUCUAACAUUAGGGUUAAAACCGAGGAAGUAGCUCUUAGUGUGGCUAUAUCUGGUAAAAUUUCAAGUUGAAGCAGUAAUAGCAAAUACAUUCGUGAUAACUUGAACAAUUCAAGCUUUGAGCUGAAGACUGACAGAAGGACCAACUAAACUUGCUUUGCAGUUGGAGCCAUUAGAAGAUGGAACAUGACUUGUUGAUAGUGCACAAUUGGCAUUUUCUGUUGCAGUUCUUUACAGGCCUUGAAGGGAAUUUUCAUUAUCAAUUUCUUUCUUCACUUGUACUGGCCUAUGCUUUGAACUUAGUUUUGGCACCUUUUCAGGAUAGUCUUGAUUCUCAAUUACUUAUCUGUAUGUUAACAAACUCCUACUUCUUACAUCCGAACCUGGAAAUUUAUACAUUUAAACCUUCACCUCUUGCAAA